AUGGGUCGCGGGAAGGUGGAGAUGAGGCGGAUCGAGAACAAGAUAAGCCGUCAGGUGACGUUCGCCAAGCGCCGGAACGGGCUGCUCAAGAAAGCGUACGAGCUCUCGCUGCUUUGCGACGCCGAGGUCGCGCUCAUCGUCUUUUCCGGCCGCGGUCGCCUCUUCGAGUUCUCCAGCUCCUCGUGCAUGUACAAAACACUUGAAAGGUACCGCACUUGCAACUACAACUCACACGAAGCAAACCCUCCACUGGAAAACGAAAUUAGUUACCACGAAUAUUUAAAGCUAAAGACCAGAGUUGAAUUCCUUCAAAGUUCACAAAGAAAUAUUCUCGGUGAAGAUCUGGGUCCACUUAGCAUUAAGGAGCUUGAUCAGAUUGAAAACCAAAUAGAUGUAUCCCUCAAGCAUAUCAGGUCAAGAAAGAGUCAAGUAUUAGCUGACCAGCUAUUUGACCUGAAAAAUAAGGAGCAAGAACUGCAGGAUCAAAACAAAGACUUGAGGAAGAAGUUGCAAGACAGCAUCCUCGAAGAGAACGCAGUUCACAUGUCCUGGCAAGAUGGAGGACAAAAUAGUGGGCAUGCCAAUGAGCCCUAUCCGGGAUUCCUCCAACACCCGGAUCAUGAUUCCACCAUGCAAAUUGGUUAUCAUCAAUCCUACAUGGACCAGCUGAACAACAAAGACAUAGCUUCUCACAAGAACCCGAAUGGAGAACCUGGAUCGUCCGCAGGCUGGAUAUAA